CACACACCUGUUGAUUGAAACUCAAGAUGCUUAGUAGCGCCCUUUAAGGUACAUAUUAUUAAUUCGGGCCUCAUAAACAUGCAUUUAGGUUAUUAAGUCUGUAUGGUACUAAAUGACACAGCCGUUUCAAACACCAGCACCUUCAAAUGAACACUGGUUGAUGCCUAAUUCUGACCUGCUUCUUUUGGAGACCUGCUUCACUAACAGAUAGAUGGACAUGCCACCCGUGGGUCUGCUGAUUGUUCUGUCUCUAGCUCUGCUCUGCUGUCUGCCCCACCCGGCCUCACCAACCAAGCUAGCUCACAAUGACUCAGGGGUUCCCUAUCUGCGCUCUACGUUGGUAGAGGAGGCUCUGAAAAGGGCUUUAGAACGUACCAAUGCUGCUUACGCCCACACCAAGGAGAGAGUGAAGACAUCUCUGUCGGAGGGUGCUCUGAGACCCAGUGACCUCCUAGCCCAGUUCAAACAGAUCGGACCCCAGACCAGGAGGCACAUCAGCGCCGCUGAGCUGUUGGACAAUACAGUGGAACUGAUCAGAGAGAUGGUCUACACCAGUACCAUGGCCCAGUCCAGUCUAUCUGACCUGUUGAGUGAGGAGGACAUGCAGGUUCUACUGCAGGCUACAGGCUGUUCCUCUGAGAUGCAGAGACCCCUCUGUAAGACUGGCUGUCUGUCUGAACGCUAUCGCUCAUUCACCGGGAAUUGCAACAACAGACAGCACCCUAAGUGGGGUGCAGCCAAUACCCCGUAUUCCCGCUGGCUCCCCCCAGAGUAUGAGGACGUCAGAGGGGUCCCUAGGGGCUGGGACCCUGAACACACCUACUAUAACUACACCCUGCCCCCGGUGCGCCUGGUAUCCCAGGACGUUCUCUACACCCACAAUGAGAACAUCUCUCUGGACUCAUCUCUGUCCCACCUGCUGGUGGAGUGGGGUCAGUGGAUCGACCAUGACUUCGCUCUGACCCCUCAGAGUCCCAGCACAGCUGCCUUCAGGACCGGGGCCGACUGCACCCGCACAUGCAGCCGGGACACUCCCUGCUUCCCUAUACAGAUCCCGCUGUCAGACCCUCGUACUGGUAUACAGAGCUGCUUACCUUCCUUCCCCUCUCCCCAGAUCCCGCUGUCAGACCCUCGUACUGGUAUACAGAGCUGCUUACCUUCCUUCCCCUCUCCCCAGAUCCCGCUGUCAGACCCUCGUACUGGUAUACAGAGCUGCUUACCUUCCUUCCCCUCUCCCCAGAUCCCGCUGUCAGACCCUCGUACUGGUAUACAGAGCUGCUUACCUUCCUUCCCCUCUCCCCAGAUCCCGCUGUCAGACCCUCGUACUGGUAUACAGAGCUGCUUACCUUCCUUCCCCUCUCUCCAGAUCCCGCUGUCAGACCCUCGUACUGGUAUACAGAGCUGCAUGCCUUUCUUCCGCUCGGCGCCCAGCUGUGUCGGGAGCGAAGCCUUCACCGGGGCCACACCCCACCAUCACCGGGAGCAACUGAACGCCAUCACCUCAUUCGUGGACGCCAGUAUGGUGUACGGUAGCUCCUCCCCCAUGGCUGCGGCCCUGAGGAACCUCUCCUCUCCACUGGGUCUUCUGGCCCUCAAUGACCAGGCCUCAGACCAGGGUCUCGCCUACAUGCCCUACCUGCCUCGCCUACAGGGACGCCUGGAUCCCUGUGGGCCACGAAGCGGGUCUGGGGCCAACUUCACCGGAGCCACAAGUGCCUCUGACACAUCUGCUACUGCGCCAACAGAACAGGAGAAUAUUACAUCCUGUUUCCAAGCAGGUGACUCACGGGCCAAUGAGCACCUGGGGAUGAUAGCACUCCACACGUUGUUCCUGAGGGAACACAACAGAUUGGUCAGAGAGCUGCACCUCCUCAACCCUCACUGGAGCCCAGACACCUUGUACCAGGAGGCCAGGAAGAUCAUGGGGGCUGUCCAUCAGAUCCUGACCUGGGAGCACUAUUUGCCCAGGGUCCUGGGUGAGACCCCCACCUCCCUCCUGAUGCCUCCGUACAAGGGCUACGACCCUGAGAUUGACCCCAGCAUCGCUAACGUCUUCUCAGCCGCCGCCUUCCGCUUUGCCCACGUCACCGUGCAGCCGAUGGUGGCCCGCCUGGGCCCUGGGUACAGCCUCGCCCCACAGCACCCACCUCUGCCCCUACACCACUCCCUCUUCGCAUCCUGGAGGGUCGUACAGGAGGGUGGUAUAGACCCAGUGCUGCGUGGCCUCCUCCUAUCCCCAGCCAAGCUCCAGAUGCCAGGCCAGAUGAUGGUUGAGGAGCUAACUGAGAGACUGUUCCAGGCCCAGGGUGGGAUGCCACUAGACCUGGGUGCCCUCAACCUGCAGCGGGGCCGAGACCACGGCCUGCCUGGUUACAGCUCGUGGCGCGGGCUCUGUGGCCUCUCUGUUCCCAACACCACCUCUGACCUUGCAGGUAUUCUGGGUAACUCUGGUCUGGCUGAGAAGUUCCUGUUGUUGUACGGGACGUCCCAGAACAUCGACGUAUGGGUGGGGGCCAUCUCAGAGCCUCCUCUACCUGGGGGCCGGGUGGGACCCCUCCUGGCCUGUCUGCUGGCCAAGCAGUUCAGAGCACUGAGAGACGGAGACAGGUUCUGGUGGGAGAGAGAGGCUGUGUUCACCAGCACCCAGAGAGCUCAGCUUCACACCGUGUCCCUGUCCCGUAUCAUCUGUGACAACACGCACAUCACACGUGUUCCCUCCGACCCAUUCAGCCGUACGGUCAGCCCAGAAGACAUGCUGGCCUGCAGCCACCCCCUCAUCCCUCACCUUAACCUCUCUGCCUGGAAGGAGCCUGACACAGAUCCCAGUUGUGGUCCAAUCCCCAGGUUACAGUCAGGCUUCUCUCUGCUCUGUGACUCCGUCAUCUACUACCAGUGUGGUCCAGGCUAUCAGCUGAUUGGUCCAUCCUCUGUGACCUGUGACCCCAACAGCUAUCAAUGGAGUCCUGCUCCCCCAACCUGCCACGAUGUCGAUGAGUGUGCCGAUCAGCCAACCCCGUGCCCCCAAAAUAUGGACUGCCUCAACACACCUGGGUCAUAUAUGUGCACAGACCUGGACCUGUCCUCCCUGUCUGCAGUCUCAGUAGUGUCUGCUGUAAUAGCUGUGGUUGGUGGUGUGGCCAUCAUGUUCGUGAUACUGGCCUGUUGUAGAAGGUAUUUUCCAAAGAAGCCAGAACCGAUAAUCAGAACCGAUAAACAGAACCGAUAAACAGUGGUUGCUGUAAGAGGGACAGAUAACCAAGCGACACCUCUGGAAAUAUAGUCCUUACAUAUUUUAUUACAUUUUAGUAUUUUGUUUGAAAAAUGUGACAUAUAUCUUAAAAGUAUGCACUUGAAUGUGUUGAUAUUAAAACGUAACUUCAGAUUAUUUGUUAGAUAAUAACCUGAAAAUGAGAAAUAACUGAAUUGUAACCUCAUUUUAGACCACAGUCACAUUAUAUAUAAAACCUCAAAGGUCUGACUCAAAGUGCAGAAAGUAAUUUGCUGUAUUUGGUGCAUAUGUCCCGCCGUACAGUAUUUGGACAGUGACAUUUUUUGUUGUCGUAGCUCUGUUUAGUGACAAAAAAUGACGCAAUACAUUAUUAUUACAUUAUUUACCAUUUCAUUUCUAUUGGCCACAAAAAAUUAUCUGAAACACAACCAAAACAAACAGCAAAUGCAUCCAACAAGUUUGAGUUACAAGCUUGAUGUAGUUGUGUGAUAGGAAUAUGGGACCAAAAUACUACACUUUUUACUACUUUAUUAAUACACAUAAGUGAAUUUGUCUAAAUACUUUUGGUUUCCUAAAAGUUAAAUGUACAAAAAGGGCUGUAAUUUCUAAACGGUUUACCUGAAAAUACCUUUAAAUUAAAUCUGACAGUCGGCACUGUGAGCUUUGAAAUCCUAAUUGCUGGAGAACAGAGCCAAAACAAAACGUGUCACAGUCCAAAUAAAUGUGUCACAGUCCAAAUAAACGUGUCACAGUCCGAAUAAACGUGUCACAGUCCAAAUAAACGUGUCACAGUCCAAAUAAACGUGUCACAGUCCAAAUACUUGGCUAUCCGUGUAUUUGUCUGUUCUAGUCAACGUGUUUGAAGCUCAUAAACCUGAACAAGCUAACAGCAUUAA